CACUGGCCGGCGGGAGUAGCUUUAACUGGAUACUAGUCGUAGCAGUAGUUGUUUAGUUUCUAUUUGAAACGAGGGUUUCAUUAUGGAAAGACUGUGUCUCGAUAAGACUGCUUUAACAGCAGUAGAUGACUAUCUGGAAUACAGAAGAAUUGUUGGUGAGUACGAUGGAGGCAGGCUAUUUUCCCCAGAAGAAUAUGAAGAGUACAAGAAGAAGGUCCUCCCUCAGAGAUUCAAGAACAGGCUGUAUGUGAGCUUUGGAGUGCCAUUGGGUAAAGACUGCAAGCUCAUAGGCCCAGAGACAGCAUGUUUCUGCACACACAGGUACAAGCAGCACCAGACAGACUUUGAGGUUGUUCCUUCUGAACGGCCUCUAGUCCUCCGAUGUCUGGUCCUCCGAUGUCCAUGUGCUGCUUAUGAGUACGUUCCUCUGAACGGGUCGCAACCUAUCCGCUGCAGGUGCAAACACUCUGCCCACGAUCACAAUGCAGCCUCCAAACACCUGUGUAGGAAAUGUACAUCCUGUACUGGGUUCCGGAGCACCGUCACCUGUGGGUGUGGUGAGCCCAGCUCAGCCCACCAGACUCAAGUUGAGACAAUAGAGGAACGGGAGGCUCGAGGACGGCCUGUUGGUCUGUGUGUUCCUUAUGCUGCAAUGGGGGGACUCACUGGGUUCAGCUCUUUGGCUGAGGGGUACCUGAGACUCGAUGACAGCGGUGUAGGUGCUCCUCCCCUCGACACCUUGACCUCUGGACCAUCGGGGGCGUUACAGCAUGUGUUUGAGAAGGCCUAUGGUCCAACCUCCGAACCUACAGCUGAGUCAUCAGUGACCCAGGUGUUGUCGAACUUGAGGAUGAAGGAGGAGGAAGAGAUGGCGUACUUUGAGAGGCGCUACCAGGAGAGGCUAAAGGCGGAGAGACUGGCUGCCAGAGAGAAGAUCUCGUCAACAAGAGGUAGCACAUCAUCAUUGUCCACUAAACCACCUGCAACUGCACCCAACAAGCGCCUUCCCAAAUAACCCUGCAAGCAACUAUCUAAAUAGCUACAAGUCAAAGACACUUGGAACGUUUCCCACUCAAACAGUCCAAGUGUAAUAUAAUCCAACAAUGAAAUACUGUCAUUGAAUUGAAUAAUGCUCACUCGUUUUGAAAAGUUAGCCUUUUUGUAACUUCUUGAUUUUAUUUAAUUGGGAUCUACUUUAAUAUCAAAUUGGGCCUGUUAUUGAACAGCGAUAUAGACUUUUCUGCAUGUUAUUGUGUUUGACAUCAAAUAAUUGGCCCAGUACAACAUGCAGUGUACAUAUACAAACAGAGACUUGCCUAUGUGUACAACCUUGCCUAUGUGUGACCUCAAUGUAAUCAACAACCGAGGGAUACUUGAAGAGGCCAGUCAACCUCUAGCCAAUCAGUGACUUAGUCCAAUCAGCAAAAAGCCAAAGAUGAACACACAGCAGGCAUAACUGCAGGCUGCACUUGAGAACUGUAGUAGGUCGGGUACAGCAUACAUCGAAGGAAGAGUCAUUUAUAGUGACCUGCCAUAUCGUCCACUAGGGGGUAUUGUGGGCUUCC